GGAUUUCUCCAAAUAAUCAGGUUGAAGCAAUUGAUACCAGACCCACGGAUCAACAUCGUUGAUCGGGUAAUUAUUUUCGAAGGACAACAAAAAUGGGGCGCAGAAAAUCCAAGCGAAAGCCUCCUCCCAAGAAAAAAAUGACAGGCAACUUGGACACCCAGUUCACGUGCCCGUUUUGUAACCACGAGAAAUCCUGUGACGUGAAAAUGGAGCGAACACGAAACACGGGAAUCAUUUCCUGCAGCGUUUGCUUGGAGGAGUUCCAGACACCUAUAACUUAUCUGUCGGAGCCAGUGGAUGUUUACAGUGAUUGGAUAGAUGCGUGUGAAGCAGCCAAUCAGUGAUGAUUUCUUCACCCCUCAGCUGAUACAACAAGGUGUUCUUACCAGAGAUAUACAGCGUUUACACAAAUGCCACCUUGAAUGCUGAAUCACAUGUCAACUUUGCCGCCAUAUUGGAAGUAGAGCGGAUGGUGAGGAUCAUGUAUUUGCCGCUUGGAGAUGGAGCUUUUUUAGAUUUUGUCCACUGCGAUGGUUUGAUUUCAACUCCUUGCAGAUGAACUACUGGAGUACGCAUUCGUAAUCAACAUAUGGUGAUUUAGGUGUCUUACCUGUUUCCCAAAUGUAUUUUACGCCAAUCUGAAUGCGUAACGGAAGGCAACGCGCAGUUUGACGGGCAUGGCUGCCACAUCCAAUAUGGUGGACACACUUGCCAUCACAGCGAUGCAUCAACCUGCUCAGUGAGGCAUCUAUGUUCACAGUGUAUGUCUAUGGCUAUACGUAGUGUUUCAUUUACCGGUAAUCUCAUUUAGAUUUAUGAGUAAUUAAGAUUUGCCCAAUGUGUGUGUAUCAAACCCGGCAUUCCACAUUUGUGUAUGUAAUUCCAUGCAGCUAUUUUUUUCCCUCAUGCGUUUGUAUUUGUUAUUUAUCACUUCGGACUUUAACUGACAUGUAAACAUGAUAUUUCCAUCACUGUUAUGCUAGCCUAGUAUGCUCUCCACUGGUAUUGCUUCUACUGUAAUCGUUCUACAAAGCAGAGUUUGAUGAUAUCUUUUUAGAAUCGUAGCCUUUCCAUUUCUUUUGUUUUUAGGGUCAGUCCAGUAAACCGGAAUGUCAGUUUUCAAGUGUUUUUAUUGCACAAAUGUCAUGUUUCGUGAAAGCCAGAACAAGAAAAAAGACAUUUUAAAAAUUGUUGUCACACAGCCCUCUACUCGACAGGUGAAAUUUGACCAUGGACUCAACACUUUUAUGUCUUUCAAAUUGCACAGAUCAUUAAAUGCGCCGUAAAAAUUCUUAUCUCCGUUGCUGAAAUUCAUUUUAUUCAAUUAAAGGAAUGUUAAGAGUUGACUGACAGACAA